AUGUCGGAAGAAAACGACGAAACUUCUCCAAACAACAACGAGCAAAGCGACUCAACACCUAAAUGUCGAGAUGAGAAAUUGAAUGCUUCCGACUCGACUAUUCAGAGUGUUCACAAGAUGUGCCAAGAGUUGCUGGAAAAACAGAACACUCUCGAAACGUCUAUUUCGGAAAUCGUCGGGAAGCUUAGUUUAGCAGAAGAGAACUACAAAAAGUCAACAGAAGAUCUACAAGAAAAGUUAGAUUCUAUUCGAUCGGAAAUGAAUGAAAUCAAUCAGACACUCAAACCAGAAGUAUCAUCGAAAAUGGAAGAGAGCGAUUGUUCUGCUGAUAUAACGGCAUCAGUGCAUUCUAUUCAGUCCAAGACGAACCGCGAAACUAUGUCGACAUUUGGAAAAUUCUUCGUAUUAAAGCACAAAUUCAAAAGUGUUUCAAGCAUGAAAGGAGCACAGAUUCAUAUCAUGGAGGAGGAAGAGCAUUUCGGUGUUCCAUGGCAAUUGUCUAUGAAAAGGAGCGAUGGAUAUCUCUCAUUCUUUCUCAUCUGUUCAUUACUUAAAGAUACUGAGAAAAAAAAGGAAAUUGAAGUUGAAUGCGAACUGAAAAUAUGGUCCCCUAACUUCAGAGAGAAAAAACAAAAGUUUUGUGGUCUUUUCAAAAGUCACGGUGUAGGGCCUUUAUGGGGAGUUCAAAAAUUCAUCGAAUGGGAAAAACUGGAGAAGGAUUUCGUUGUUGAUGACUGCUUCUAUGCUGAAAUUGCUGUAAAAGUGAGAAAGAUGACAGGCAUUUACAAAGAGAAUCUGAGAAGUUUCGAUGACACUAUGGAAAAAUUUUCGGAUGCCCUGUUAAUCGUCAACGAUAGAAAGUUUUAUGUUUUGAAAUUGUAUCUUGCCGCUCAUUCUCCAUAUUUCGAAGCGUUGUUUUUAGGACAGUUCAACGAAUCGAAGAAAUCUGAGAUUAAACUGUCUGGAGUCGAUUCUGAUGACUUCCAGAAGUACCUUGAAGUACUAUAUGCAGAACAAUCAAUUGAUGGUAAUACUGUUAGAGUUUUCAACUUAUCUUCAUUUUCAGAAUUCACUGUCGAGGGUAUUCUCAUGGUGGCUGACAUGUACGAAACUCCUCUGGUAAUCCGGAAAUGCGAGGAAUUUCUAGUCGGGGAAUCUGAAAAGACACUGAAGAAGAGGCUGGAAUUGUCUACUCGAUACAAUUUGGAAGCACUCAAGAACAAAUGUCUCAGUGAAAUCGAAUCGAUUGCUGACCUUAAAUCUGUUAUUCCCGGAGAUAUUCACGAUUUGGACGCAUCGAUUAUGGCGGAACUUCUCAAGAAGUCUCUUGCACUCCAUUAA